AUGCAGAUGGAUCCCGGCCACGGCGGUGCAGCCGACGGUGGCAUGGCAGGCGGCCAUGAUGCUCCCGCAUUGCCCGUGAAAAUCGAGCAACUCACACCGACUCACCCAUCCAACAAACGAGUCCGCCUUCGCUACGGCCCCAUCAUCGCUCCGCUAUGGAACGACACCUCCGGGAUGGGCGGACACCACGGGAUGGCAGAUGAAGGCGGCAUCAAGCACUUCAAUAUCCUGAACACGCUGAAGCCAUGCGAUGCCUGCAUCCUGAAGUACGGUUCCGCGAACUUGGAGUACGUCAACCGAACGUCCUGCGACGGAAGCCCUGAAAUCGCGAACUAUAAUACCGGGGUCUGGUUGCAUCAUUACUCGCUUUCGGUCCAGGGUCCAGGGCGGAGUGAUCUGUUCUGCGGAAGCAAGAAGGAUGGCGAGCGGAUCAUGGCGGUGCACAAUGAUCGAAAUGCGACGUACUAUGGGUCCGGGUUUGACGACAAGGCGGGAUAUUUCAUCCGGCCGGAGGACACAAUCGACGUGGAGCUAGAAAUCAAGAACGAUAUUGACACGCUCACUCCGGUGUACUUCACCACGGAGUUUGAGUUCGUCCCACUCAGCACCGAGGACGCGAAUAAGACGCCGAAGGAGCUCGGAUAUAAAGAAGUUAAGGCGCUGUGGCUCGAUGCGGCGAGUUGUGACGAUAUGGGGUCGGAGAUCCUAGCGCCGCUAAACACGACGAAGUUCACGUUGGAGGGUGCGCCGUGGACCGCAUCGUUUGCUGGAUCGCUGAUUACCACUGUUGGCCAUAUGCAUGACGGCGGGGUCCAUCUCGAGGUGUUCAGAGAUGGGGAGCAGGUGUGCAAUUCGCUCACCACGUAUGGUGGGAGUGAGGAGUACAUCCCCCGCAAGGAGACCAUUGCGGCGGGAGCGCCAGACACGGUGCAUGUCAGCUCAUUUGGAGCGUGUCAUGACUUUGGCAAGUUCGAGAAAGGAGACAACAUCACGUUGAAGGCGCAUUAUGAUUUCGACAAAUAUCCUGGAGGGAGGAAUCUGAAGAACAAUCUCAGUGGGCUGAUGGGGAUUGCGGUCAUCAUUCUCGGCGUCGACGAGUCGUCGUCCUUUCACGGAAUGUAUCCGUGCUGUUUCUGGGUCGACGAGGACUGCCCUCGCGAUGUCGAGCAGCUCGGCGACGCCUGUGAUGAACACAUGAUGCUGGGCGGCUACAUGUCCAUGCCAGAUGAUAUAGACCUCAUGCCACACCGACAACGACAAGAUCUCCAACACUGCUCCCAGUGCGAAGAGCUCGAAUGGUUGGGGCUGUCCGAACUGCUCCCCCUGAUCGACACCAAAUCUCUCGACCGCCCCCUCUCUUCCGACCCAAAGUCCUCCCCGCUCGAUCAUCGCCGACCAUUCUUCGGCGGUGGACGCCUCCAUGCACCGGAUGAUGUGUCGCCAGCGGGGAUCCCGCGUCAAGUCGAGCCGCGGCUGAGAGUAUUGGGGGAGCUGCUCGAAGGAAAGAGGAGGCGAGAAAUUGAGGGGAGAGGGAGAUAUUCAUUGUUGGAAAUAGCGAGGAGGGAGAGCAAGAGGGCGGGACCAUUGGACAAGUCGGAGAGGAGAAGGAUGAGCGUCGUGAUAUUGACAACGUUGGCAGGAGAGUGGGAUGUGGACUAA